AUGGCGGACGUGGCGAGCCCCUCCCGCCGGGGCGCGGCGGCGUUCUGGAGCCGGGACUUUUCUGAUGAAGAACAAUCAGUAGUGUAUGUUCCAGGAAUUUCUACAGAAGGAAAUACCAAAUCAAGACACAAGUUAAGUCCAAAAGCUGACGUUAAACUUAAGACUUCCAGGGUUACUGCCUCUUCAAUCUCCAUGGAGUCUUUAAAAGGUGCAGGAGAUUCAGUAAAUGAACAGAAUUUCUGCGGGGGAGGAAUAAAGAGUGCGUCGUUGAAGGAUUUAUGUCUCGAAGACAAAAGACGCAUUGCAAAUUUAAUUAAAGAGCUGGCCAGAGUAAGCGAGGAAAAGGAGGUGACCGAAGAACGAUUCCGAGCUGAGCAGGAAUCAUUUGAGAAGAAGAUCAGGCAGUUGGAAGAACAGAAUGAUCUGAUCAUCAAAGAAAGGGAAGCUCUUCAGCUACAGUAUAGAGAAUGCCAAGAACUUCUAAGUCUCUAUCAGAAAUAUCUAUCAGAACAGCAAGAGAAGCUCACCAUGUCUCUCUCAGAACUUGGUGCUGCUAGAGUGCAGGAACAACAGGUAUCCAGUAGGAAAAGCACUCUUCAGUCUUCAGCUAUGGAAUUAGAUGGUUCCUACUUGAGUGUAGCCAAAUCACAAUCCUGCUAUCAAACCAAGCAGAGGCCUAAGUCUGCAAACCAGGACUCAGCUUCAGAAGCCCUUCUGCAGUUUAGGAAUAAUUCUUUGAAACCAGCAGACUUCCGUUAUCCCAAAACAGACCUAGACAGGGUGUCAUCAAAGACCAGAACAUGUGAUUAUGGAUCCCCGGGGAGAAAACUAGCAGAUGCAGUCCCUACAGAGAAGGUUCCACCAGCAGAAUUGAAGAUGAAAGAAUGCCAACCCCUGAAGCCUACUCCAUCCAGUCAGUGUUGUGGUCAUAGGCUUUCUGAAAAUGUCGAUCCUAUUCAUGAAAGCCAUCCUACACACAUGGCCCCUCAAUAUUCCAGAACACAUCUGGAAUCAUGCAGUUAUUGUGGGCUCUCCUGGACAUCCCUGAUACAUGGUCAAGGGACCCAGCAGUCUGGUGAAACUGAUGUCAAAAAGCAAGUCUCAGAAAAUAGAAGACAGCAACUUAUGCUUCAGAAAAUGGAGCUGGAAAUUGAAAAAGAGCGCCUUCAGCAUCUGCUGACCCAGCAGGAGACAAAGCUUCUCCUAAAACAGCAGCAGCUUCAUCAGUCUCGACUGGAUUACAAUUGUUUAUUGAAGUCAAAAUGUGAUGGCUGGCUGCUGGGAGGAUCAUCAUCCAUCAAAAAGUACCAAGAGUCCACUAACAGCAGUGAGAAUAGAAGAGAGAAGAAGACAGUUGGGUUUCAAUCACAUACAGAAGAUGAUACCCUAUGGACAUGUCAAAAGAAAGAUACAUAUCGACCCCAAAGAGGAACAGCGGCAGGUGUUAGAAAAGAUGCAUCCACAUCUCCUAUGACAACAGGAAGCCAAAAGGAACUUGUAAUCACAAGCCCAUCCGUCCUGCAGCACCACAGUUCCCGAUAUGAGACAUCUCUGCUGGAUUUGGUUCAAUCUCUGAGUCCAAAGUCUGCUCCCAAACCUCAGCCCCAUCCCUCCAGAGAAGCUGGGGCCUGGAAUCACAGUACUCGUCGACUCAGUCCUCGAAAAUCAACCUGGAACAAGAUGGGGACAGGCAGGACCCCCGAAGACCUAGAGGAGAAUCAAAUUCUGGAAGAUAUCUUUUUCAUUUGACAUUGAAACACAUGCUACAAAAUUUCCAUCCAAAAUGUGUGGGCUUCUUUAUAUCCUGAUCUAGGAUUUUAAAUUAUUUGAUUGCAAAGUAACCGUGUCUCUCCUUUCACAGGGGCCUCUCUCACUAACAUCCUGUUACAUGUUGAACAUAGUAAUCAUGCUACAAACCCAGAGUGGUUUUGAUCAGACCCAUCAGAAGGUAACACAUUAAGGGGU